UUUCUAUGGGGGAAAUAAGUGUUCGAUCUCUUGAUCUAACAGACCAAAGAUCAAACUCAGAUUGACUAGUUUACGUAAAAUGGAUAAUCUGGCUAUGGAGAGUGACGAAACUCGUGUUCAGCCCCAGAAUGUAGAUCUUGAAUCUUCAUCAUCACCUGCCUAUUCUAAGGGAGACAAUGUAAACGUUGAAGAAGGUCCCCCACAUAAUUUUACUCUAGAUGCACCACCAUCUUAUGAAUCCCUCUACGGAAGGGUCAAGGCUGCCAAACAAGAAUCAACCAAUGUGUGUAUUUUCGUAAUUCAAUUCUUGGCGAUCAUCUUUUCGACAAUUGGUUGCGCAAUUAUCGUUGGAAUUUUAAUGGCGAUCCCUAUUUCCAUGAUUGUUAUUGGUGCGCUAUACCUGGAUGAUUGUCCUGUUGAGCGCAUGAUCCCGAUCUACCUAAUUGUGGCAGGAUGUUUUGGUUGUGCCAAAUGCUUGUUUACCUUGGUCAGUCAAGCGAGGAGAUGGAAGAAGAUAGGAAAAAAGUCAACCCCAUUGAAGCGAUGUGUUUACAUCUACCGUAUUUAUGACGAAGUGAGUUACGACCAUUUAAACACGGAUCACUACUGUGACAAGACUUUGUAUUUGUUUGCCUUUUGGGUGGCGACUGCAGUCUACAUCAUCAUGGGAUUGUUCUGUUUCUGUGUGUCUUAUGUGAGAUGUUUAACAUAUAAGUGCGAAGCAAUUGGUUGA